AUGGGUCAAUCCAAGUGGCUCGCGUGUCUCAAAUCACGAUUCAGUGCGAAAAGCAAAAGCAAACACAAAGAGUCACUGGGGAAUGACACCGGUCAAGCAUCAGCAUCAACUCCCCUCAAGGAGUCUAAUCAGUCCUUCGACGAAACAACAAGGCUGUUUACCCACCUGCCUCUAUUGCCUGGACAAUGUGAUCAAGUAAAUGCGAGUCAUGAUGGCCUCCUUUAUAUUAUCGCGAAGCUUCCGUGGUAUGCGCACUUAGUCGAGCUUCUGAAAUCUGAAAUAUGGCAGUCUCCCCAGCAGUUCCGGCAGUCCAAGGCCCCUCUCAAAGAGGCAAUCAUAGAGCUAUACAGGCUCAUCAUUGAAUUUCAGAUCUUGACUCUGCGAAAAUGCCAUCACAAGUUCAGAACUCUUUCCAAGACCUUCGUGGGGCUGGGCUCAUCCUCGGAGGAUAGACUGAUCAAAAUCCAAGAAGCUGAGAGCGAGGUGCAAAAGCAUAUGGAAAUUGAUUUCAGGACACAAGUUUUGGACACACUCAAAGGCAUCAGAUCAAAUUCAGCUCAAAUGGAGACCAGCUUGACAUCAGAACUCAACAGGCAAUUUGCGUUGAGGCAACAGUCAAAGCUAAUCGCAAAGUUUAGGCUCGACAAAACCCGUCUGGAUAUUGAUUCGUAUCAAGCCUACUACGAGGCUAUCAGCAAUCCUUCAAGUGGAACAACCGAAGGCUUCCGUGAACACAGGGUAUAUCGAGAAUGGCGAUCUGGAUCAACUCGUUCUCUGCUUGUGGUGGCCAACCCCGGUACUGGAAAGUCGGUGCUGACCAAGUCUCUUCAUGAGUCACUUUCGAAAUCAGGUGGACCUGCGGUUUGUUCAUUCUUUUUCAAGGACCGCGGUGGUCAGCAAAAUAACAUGAAUGUUGCUCUCUGCCACAUUAUGUAUCAGUUGUUCCAGAAUCGACCGGACUGGAUAGUCCACGUGGCGGAUGAUAUUCGUAACAAGGACCCGGGCGACAUACGAUCGAAUUUCAGCUUUUUGCGAGAGCUUUUUCAUAAGGUACUCGAUAAUGCUGAGCCGGAUGGUAUCGUUGUUCUGCUCGAUGCCUUGGAUGAAAAUGAGCAGUGUCAGGAGUUUCUUUCGAGUGAUAUCCAGUGUGUUGCCGGUCAACGUCUGAAAGCCUUCAUCGAGAAACAGAAAAUCGAAGAUGAAUCCGUUUGCUGUCAACUCCGCGAGAAGCUCACAAAACGCGUGGAAGGUGAUCGAACGUAUCUUUUUGUCAAAUUACUUUUUGACAUCCUGGAUAAGAAGAAGCUGGGUAUGACAAGCUCGGUAAGGGCAUGGGUCAAAGAGUUCGAGAAUAUUCCAGAGUCAGUCUUUGACGCGUACACCGAGCUACUAGACGCAAUAGAUGGAGCAGAUCGUGAAGCAGUCAAAGCUAUGUUAGAGAUUGUCUUGGCCGCACAGAGACCUUUGACCGUGGAAGAAAUGGAAAUUGCCUUGAAGGUUGGUAUGGAUGACGAGGCCUUUGAGCCUGGAGACGAGUUCAACCCAAUUCUAUUCAAAGCAGACAUGUUGGAACGAUGCCAUUUCUUGCUGGUGACAUAUGAUGACCGUAUCUACUUUAUUCAUCAAACGGUUAAAGACUAUCUUCCAUCGGAACAAGAAAGUCAAGUGAAACCGAAGAAGGACAAAAGACCAGCCUGGCUACAAUCGAUCAGCACCGUGUCCUGUCAUGAAACGAUACUGAACAGUUGCAUGCGUUAUAUCUCCGCCCCAUUCAAUCAGCGGUCGGAGAUAAUUCCUGUUGAGGAUUUCUUCCACCUGCCUCGUUAUGAGCAGCUUGAGCAUCAACAAUGGUAUUGCGACACUUUUCCACUUGGGGAAUGUGCGUUCUGUCAGUGCUUUCCGUCCGAAGUAGAGGCGAGGCUUUUUCAAAGCAUGGUACAGUUAGGGAGUACGAACAUGACCGAAGCUCUCGGCAGCAUGUGUGAAGGCCUAAUAAUGCGAUUUAUCAAGUUCAGCUCACUUGCUGAUCUCACUUGCGCGAUGGAAAUUAUCGCCGACGUGGCAGAGCAGACGCCAGAAGGAGACCCCAAGCUCGGUCAGUUGCUUAUUAAUUUAAGCCGGGCGCACUAUUUGAAGUAUCUCCACGAUGAGAGUACCGGGAAUGAACCCUGCAACACUGCCUUGAAUAUUAUCGAAGGAGUGUUGCAGGUAACACCAAUUGGUAGCGUUUACCGAGCUAGGGCAUUGCAUGCGCGCGCUGUUUGUACUCGCCAGGACGACAUCGAUCAGGCAAUUCAAGAUACCGAGGAGGCCCUGAUUCACACGCCUGAUCUGGGCCAGUCAGAUAAACAGAUGUUUUGCCAAUCUUUGGCGCUCCAUUUGGGCGAAAAAUACUGGUGGGCGGAGACACCCAAUGAAGAUGACUUACUCAGGGCUGUAGAGAUUGCGCAGGAGGCCACAAACGGCAUGUCAAAAAAACAUCCAAACUACUCCAAUGCGCUUCUUGUGUUGUCUCGUUUGUUGCUGACAGCUUCACGAAGCUAUCCUGACAAGCCAAACUAUUUAAAUCAGGCAAUCGAAGUGGCAAGAGAGGCAAAUAAAUUUAGACUACCUACGGAAUUCAUGGGCAGUCGGUGUCUCAUUGAGCUAUCUCAAUGUUUGAUCUCUCGCUUUUUGCGGGAUUCUGACCUUAAAGACCUCCAGGAAGCCCGUGAGCUUACGGAGGAGGGCUUACGGACAACACCGAAGCCAGGGGCCCUGUAUUCCUGUUUCAUGGAGGUCAGGGACAUAGUGAUGGAGCUUGAAGCGGAUUUUCGAAGUAAGGAAGUAUGGAUACCUAUUCUAGAUGUCACGCUGUCAGAAGAUAUGGUAUUUCUUUGA